AUGGCUUUCCAGGUCACCGCGCGGGUCGACUAUGACAGAACGCGACCUACUUCGCGCCCCCCUUCUCCCUAUAAACCGCAAACCAUCUCGCCAUCUUCGUCGAACCUAAUCAAGCCCAAGGCCAAGGUCAAUAGCAGUGCAAAUGUCACCAUCCGCAAGACAAAUGCGGUACGAGGCACGUCUCCAGCACCGUUAGUUCGUAAUAGUGGCAUUCCUCCUCCCCGCGCGCCCUCUCCGUUCAAGCAACUUCAUUCUCCCAUCGGAGCUACGGUUUCUGCGCCACCUGUCGUCAAAGCGCGCGUAACAGCCCGUCCUAAGAGCUCUCACGUCGCGUCUUCCGCUCUCGAGACCAGACAGCGUUCGCUGACAACGGUACCAUCGGACUCGGCUCUGGCUGUGCGAACGCGACAUCGGAGAGGAAGCAUAUCGUCUCAAGUGUCCCAUGUUGUCUCUCCAGCACAUUCCGAAGUACAUGGGCGCGCAUAUGCGAGGGGCCCGGCGUCACCCACGGAGGAGAAUGGUCACCCGCUGUCGAACGCUGGAAGAGGUGUGCGCGUGAAAUCGAAGGUGACCAAGGUUGACUCGACACCACAAUCACCGACGUCCACCUCCUCCUCGCCCGUGCUCUCCACUGUGGGCCGUAGCGUCCAUGACCGCAUGCCGUCUAUCCCCAGCAUCUCGGUCGCAGCUCCACUGCUACCACCUGCCAAUGCACCCCCACCAACUGCACCAGCUCAGCAGCACCGAUUCGCUACAACUCGCGAAAGCCCAAUACACCGACCACACGCAUUCCAGCCGUUCCCGUCGAACGAUGACCUGACCGUGAAUUACGGCGCGUAUUCUGUGGCGGCGAAGGUAGACCCCGCCGCAAUACCACUCCCACCACAGUCGCCUCCAAUGUCAGCCAUCUCGUUUUCGUCACAUUCGUCUGCAUCGCGAUCAUCCGUUUCUUACGACACACAUGGGUCGGAUGCCACACGGAGUACUGCUUUGACAGUACAUUCGCGUCUCACUGGUGAUAUGCGGGCACGGCGUGAUAAUCGCUUGUCGCGCACAAAGGGAAGUCUCGAUGGUCCUAGCGUCCGGUCCGCUUCUCUAUCAUCACACGAAGCGUCUGCCGACAGCGACGAUGACGUAGAGGAACCGGACAACCUGGAUGGCGAUGAAUCAGAUGACUUGGACAAGAUGCUCAAGGACGAAGCGAAAUCCAACCGCAAGAUUGCGGACCUGGAGAUCUCGAACCGCUCGCUGCUCGCCAUCAAUUCCUCUCUCGAAGCCGCGAAGCAUCGCCAAGCCAAGGAGAUCAGGGAUCUCAAGCGAAAGCUACGGGAGUCACGCCUAAUUCUGCCACCACCAACUUACCGAGCCGUGAAGUCCUCUUUGCCUGCAGAAGAGGUAGUCAAGGAAGAGGAAGAGGACAGCGAAGAAGUAGACGAGGAUGAGGACGAGCAAGAAUUAUUGGAAGGCAAGGAUGACGAGCCGUAUCGACGCGUCAAGCUGAUCCUGGACACCCUGCUGGAGGGUUGCCGCCGUGCCCUCGAGUCCAAGCCGUCAGACUUCGUAGAAGGCAUCAAGAGUGGCGCGAAGGUUCUGAGUGCCGAGGAAGUACGAUCAUGGCGUGGAGACGAUGCCGAGGCGGACUCUCGCUCGAUAACUGACGCGGACCGGGAUGAUGAUGGUCAUCCGCAUAGCGUUUCUGCGGUUGAUCAGGAAGAUCAGGCCCUCGAGAGCGAAGACGAAGUCGAAGAUAGCUUGUUUCGCGAAGCGUCACUGCCACCUAUCACGGUAACACCCUCAUAA